UGUUGCUAAGCAGGCAACCCCAAAUGGUCAUCAAUCCCCCGAAAAAUUGUUAAACCAGACCUUGAGAUGGUUUUUUUGAUUGGGCCUUUUUGUUCUCGAAGCGACUCGUUAUCGUUUUGUCAUGUUUUGCUUUUGAUUCCCCCGGGGCCAACGCUUUAGCUUUCCCCUCAACCAACGAAUAGUUUUACGGCAAAAUUAUAAACCCACCCAGAUCCCUAAACAAAAGGUGACUGGGAAAACGAGCUUUGGUAAUCGUCCGGGGCUCUUUUCCAUCACUUUCUUUGUCCCGUAAACACCGUUAAUCAGCCCUACAUACGGACGUAGCCUUUUCUUUGCAAACCCCAUUGGCCCGACACCUUAUCUUCUGGGUCCAGCUGGACUGUAAGGCGUGGACGCAUCACCAGCAAAACAUAAAAGAUAAAAAAAAAAAAAAAAAAACAUACAACUAAAGUCGCGAUGGGGUCCUCGGGAUCUCUUGACCCCGAAGAGCUGACGGUGGUUGUUACCGGUUUUGGGCCCUUCAGAGAGGAAUACCCCGUAAACCCAGCAUGGGAGAUCACGCGGCUCCUCCCAGACUACCUCCCGCCGCCGCCGGGCAAGACGGCCAUGCAGCACCGGAGGUCCGACGACGACGCCCCGCCGCUACCGCCGGUGCGGAUCCAAAAGUACCCGUCGCCCAUCCGCGUCAACUACCAGACGGUCCGCGAGCUGGUCCCAAGGCUCUGGGGUGACGAGCCCGGGGAGCAGCCCGCCGCGGCAACGGAGCCGCAGCAGCAAGGGAGCGGUGGGCCAAAGAUUGAUCUGAUGAUCCACAUCGGCAUGGCUGGCCCCCGUCGCUACCACUCCAUCGAGCGCCGCGGCCAUCGCGAUGGGUACCGUGGGUUGGACGUCGAUGGGUUGCCGUUGUCGGACGAGGAGCGCCACGCCCGCGAGGGUGAUAAGUGGAUCUGGCAUGGGCUGCCGCACGAGAUCGAGACUGAUCUGCUGCUGGAUGAUGUGCUGGAUCGGUGGAAGGGUUACGUGCCUUGGGACGCCGACGUACGCAUCUCAGAGGACGCUGGCCGCUACCUCUGCGACUUCAUCUACUACAGCUCGCUGGCGCACCUCCACCGCAAGGGCGACCACCGGCGCGUCGUGUUCCUGCACGUCCCCGUCGACGUGACGGACGAGGCGCUGCGCAAGGGCGUCGACCUGACGCUGCAGCUGAUCCGGUCGGCGCUGGAGAGCGAGAGGAGCGGCCUCGCGGCCGAGAGGAGGGACACGAGGGCCAGGAAGAAGGACGACGACCAGAGGCUGCGCGCGCUGCACGAGCAGCAGCAGCGCGCCCAGUGGCAGCAGGACCAGGAGCUCAGGGAGCAGAGGCAGAGGGAGAGGGAUGCGGGGAAGCAGAAGCAGGCCGAGGAUGGAGGGGCGGCGGCUGGGGGAGGUGAGGGUGUCAAGGAUCAGCUUUGGUAUGUUGAUCAGCCCGACGAUGCAGCGAAGCAAUAAUGCUGGCAUUUAGGUAUGGGCAGAUGCUGGGAUCUCGCGAGCAUUUUUGGAUAGCAAUUGGGGCUUUGAAUGAAGAGCCAUGUGUUCACGUUGUUUUGUUUCGCAUCAAGUAUGUUGAUUCAUGCAGUAAUCAUUGAAGUUGUUGUUUUCGUUGCCUAUUGUACGUAUUUUGCUUUGUACAAAGAUUACAUAUGAUGGACUGUGGAAGUUUGUUUUUUCCUUCCUCUCCCAACCUCUCUUCUUGAGGUGAUUUAGCCUUUAUGAAAGUCGAGUCUCUUAAAAG